AUGUUGCCCUUGGAAAAGAAGUUAAGAAUAAGAAACACAAGAAAAACUUACGUUAUUGCUGAUAUAGAAAAAGCUUUUCUACAAAUAUCCUUGUUUCCAGGCCAUCGAGACUAUGUAAGAUUUUUGUGGUUUAAGAACAUUGAUACUAUAGAUUUUGACAAUUUUGAUAAUAACGUUUUAGAGGAAUGGCGAAUUUGUAGAGUUUUAUUUGGUUUAACAGCCUCGCCAUUUUUGCUGAACGCAACGCUUUCGAAACAUAUUAAAAAUUAUGAUGACAUUGAUCCUAAAUUUACCGAACGAGUUUUUAAUUCUUUACAUGUUGAUGAUUUAAAUGGCGGCUCUAAAAAUGUUGACGAAGGGUUUACGUUUUAUUGUAAAGUUAAAGAUCGUUUAGCAGAAGCAAGUUUUAAUAUGCGUAAAUUUCAGUCCAAUGCUCCAAAACUUGAAGCUCUCGUUAACGAACGUUACAAAGGGCCUCUUGAGGUAAACCAUGAAGGCAACACAACAAAAGUUUUGGGAUUACAGUGGCUUAAAGAUAGUGAUAAAAUUGGGUUUAAUUUUGAGGAGAUAAAGCAGAAAUUUCAUGCGAAGCCCGAUACAACGAAACGCAACGUAUUACAAGCAAUAGCGUCAAUUUUUAAACCACUUGGCUUGAUAAAUCCUAUUAUAGUUAAAAUGAAAACCUUUUUUCAAGAUUUAUGUAUUAAGAAUGUAAAGUGGGAUUCUCCUUUAUCGGAAGAACACUUAGAGACAUGGUCAGGUAUUGUGCAAGAGUUACACGAAGUCCCCUCUAUUCAAAUUGAUAGAAAUUAUUGUUAUAAUGAUGAGAACGAUCCGUAUAAGUCUGUCCAAUUACAUGGUUUUAGUGACGCGUCUAAAGCAGCAUACGGAUGUUGUGUUUAUAUUCGAUUUGAAACAGAAUCCGGUAAGAUUAAAAUUGCUUUGGUAUCGAGUAAAUCGCGUGUUGCUCCAAUUAAGUCACAAACCAUACCUCGCUUAGAAUUAUUGGGAGCUUUAAGGUUAGCGAGACUGUUGGAUACAGUCUCCCGUGCUUUAAACAAUGUUUAUCCAAUCGAACGUAUAUUUGCGUGGAUUGAUUCUAGUGUUGUGUAUUCUUGGAUUAAAAACAGUGAUAAAAUUUAUAAACCUUUCGUACAAAAUAGAUUGACUGAGAUAAGAAGAUUAUUUGAUGUAAAAUGCUUGAAAUUAGUUGGCACUAAUGAUAAUCCUGCCGAUAUUAGUUCCAGAGGUUCUUCGCCAUUAAAGCUCCCCACUAGGAGUCUCUGGUUUGAGGGUCCAGGUUUUCUAACUUCACCAGAAAACGAGUGGCCGCGUCUGCAAGUUGGAGACAAGUUCUUGCCGGAGUCUUCCUGUGAAGAGAAACUUUCAUUGAAUGUUAAUACAGAGUUCACGUGUUUCAAAAGUGACUCUGAUGUAGUUAAUGAUCCUUGUUUAUCUGAGAUAAUUAAAGUUGAUAAUUAUAAUAGUUUUAAAAAAUUGGUGCGCGUUACGGCGUAUUGGAAGGUCCAGAAUAACAAGAAUUUUGAAGUAGAAAAAGUGAAACUUGGUCUUUUUAAGGAUGACGAUGGAGUUCUGCGAUGUAAAGGUCGUGUACAAAAUUCACCUUUACCAUACGACACUCGGCAUCCAGUGUUUUUACCUACACAAUGUGAGCUUUUGCCUCUUAUUGUUUCGGAUUCACAUCGUGCUGUUGGUCAUAAUGGACCACGUGACACUCUUUGUCACGUGCGUAAACAAUUUUGGAUACCGCGUCUCAGACAAGUUGUUAGAAAUUUAUUACGUAACUGUACAUUGUGUAAAAGAUUUGAAAGUGAAGCGUUUACUUACCCAAGUACUUCUGCGUUACCUGAUUUUCGUUUGUCGUUGAACUUUGCCUUCACAAAUAUUGGAAUCGAUUAUGCAGGUCCGUUGUAUAUACAAGAUAUUUAUUCACGUUCUGAUGUACAUAAAGCGUGGAUUUGUUUGAUUACUUGUGCUAGCAGUGGAGCUGUUUAUUUGGAUAUUAGUACUGAUUUGUCUGCUUCAGCUUGUGUUAAUGUUUUAAAACGCUUUGUAAAUAAAAAUGAAGCUCCGAAAGUUAUCAACUCAGACAAUGGUUCUAACUUUAUUAGUAAAGAAGUUCAACAUUUUGCAUCACCACAUGGCAUUAAGUGGUGUUUUAAUAUUGAAGCUGCCCCCUGGCAGGGUGGAUAUUUCGAAAGGCUAAUUCAGUCUCUUAAACGUUGUUUGAAAAAAGUACUUUUUAAAACUUUAGUUGAUUAUGAAGAGAUGUUGACUAUUUUGUCAGCAAUUGAACGCAUACUUAAUAACCGUCCUUUGACGUUUAUUUACGACGAUGUUAACGAAAGUCCAUUAACUCCGAAUCAAUUAAUAUACGGAAAAAACGUUAGUAUCGAUUAUGAAGAAUACGAUGGCGAAAAAAGUGACGAGUUGACAGUUCGCGCGAAGUACAUAAAAACUGUGCUCGAUCAUUUUUGGAAACGUUGGUUAAAUGAAUACGUUGUCGAUUACGCGAAUUUCACAAACAGAAGAAGAAAAAGCUACAGUCCUCUUACAAAAUUGAAAGCAAAAUGGAAGAGAGGUCGAGUAACGGAAUUGUUGAAAAGCAAGGACGCUCGUAUACGUGCAGCAAAGGUAUUAGUCGCAACUAACAACAAUCGUAAAACGAUAAUUACACGCACUUUGAACAAACUUUAUCCUGUUGAACAGUCUGAUCGCGACUACGAGAAUGACAAGGAAGAUAACGACCAAAAUAAAAUUGACUUUAUAAACGAAGAUGACAUCGUCGUUUUUGGUGGGGAGUGUUAA